UCGUCACAAAACAAUUAAAAAAAUAUACCUGUUCCUGUUUUUCUUGUAUAAUUUCCUUUAAUUGCUAAUUAAUUUAAUCUUGUUUAUCAGUUUAAAAGUUUUCUGACGAAUCAUACGACGACAUAAAGAAAAACGUGCCUUCUUAUUCCGUGAAGACAUAAGACCGGAAAUGUGUUGUGGGUGUUGAUUUCAGUCGAGUAAAAUAAUACGUGACCUCCCGCAGCCUCAAUAAGGUAGCAGGGCAAAAUGUGGAAGCUGUGCAACUUAAGCCGGAACCAGUACCUUCUGUUGGGUAUGGUAAUUGGAUUUUUAUACAGCUACUACUUGCCCCAGGAUUUGACAGAAAUCGUAACCGAGUGUCCGGAGGCAACCGCCAAGGAACACCUGCUAGGUGACGAUGUUCGGUAUGGAAACGAAUUUGAACCGCAGCUGAACCUGGAACAGAAACCGAUGCAAGCCAAAAAACAGGUGAAGAAUAUCGUUCGUCCGAGGUAUUACUACACGGAGCUCGGUAUACGGGAGAAGCUCUUCGUGGGGGUAAUGACAACCCAGGAUAACAUAGAUUCGUUGGCCACAGCAAUCAACAAGACUUCCGCUCACUUGGUUAACAAAAUCAAAUUUUUCAUCAAUGCCGAUAAUGUUAAGGCAAAUUUUAAACUGAAGAACAUAGUAGGUUUCACGGAUACUCGAGAGAAUUUGAGGCCGUUCCACGUGCUGAAAUACAUUGCUGAUAAUUAUUUGGAUGAUUACGAUUAUUUUCUACUGAUGAUGGAUACCGGAUAUGUCAACGCCAGACUACUGAAGGAACGGUUAUCUCAUGUGAGCAUCAGUUUUGACAUCUACAUGGGAACACCUCACGGGACAACUUUAAUUGGCGAUGAGGACGUCCCAUCCGAUGCCCAGUAUUGUGAUCUUCAUGCAGGAAUAGUUCUAAGCAGCAGUGUGAUUCGUAAAAUUCGAGCCAAUCUGGAUUGGUGCGUCAGAAGCGCAGUUUCCAAUCAGCACAACCUUAACAUCGGCCGUUGUGUCAAAUACUCAAGUAAAAUAGACUCAUGUCAGACCAACUGGCAGGGAAUCAACGUAACCAGCUAUAAAUUGCACAGCUAUAAAAUCUAUCGAGAUCUCCAUCUUAUUAAAAAUGAAGACUCUUUUAAUUCUGCCUCCGUAAUCUAUCCGAUUACCACAGCUGAUGAUUUUUAUCUCCUGCAUGCGUACUUUUCUCGAAUCCAUCUGGAAGAAAUCAAUCGCACUAAGAAUCGAAUUCAACAAGAAGCCUCCUCAAUUUCUAACGGUUCACUCCCCAACGAUAUACUGGAAGUACGCUGGCCACUCGGCGUUCCAAAACCAAAUCCCCCAGAAUCACGCCACGACAUCAUUCCCUGGACCCAUCUAAACCUGACUCACUCGUUCAUGUACAAUACGGAAACCAACGUGCGCCCUCUAUCGACCGUCGACGCCCAGGACAUGUCCAACAUUCUGAAUAAAACUAUCAUCGAAGCGCAUCGGUCUAAUCCGCAUCUCGAAUAUCGAUCCCUGCAUUCGGCGUACAAGAAAUUCGAUGCCGUUCGUGGAAUGGACUACCGUAUGCAUCUGAACUUUUACGACCGAGCUCAACGGCAACCAGUGCUGAAAAGUUUCGAGGUGGUUAAACCCAUCGGGCUGAUCGAGAUAGUGCCAUCCCCAUACGUCACGGAAAGCACCCGAAUUGCAAUACUACUGCCAACCUUCGAGCACCAAAUUCGGGAGGCUAUGGAGUUUGUAGAAGCGUAUGAACGGGUUUCCAUGGACAAUCAAGAUAAUACUUUUCUGAUGCUGAUCUUCUUCUACCGUGCCAAUACUCCGAGCAAGGGUGACGAGGACGUAUUUUUGCCGCUCAAAAAUCAAGCUCUCGGUCUGACGGAGAAGCACAAGCAGGAUGGUUCCCGUAUAGCGUGGGUUUCGAUACGACUUCCUCUGGAGCUGAGCCAGCCGUUCGAGCUGAACCAUCUGUACAGUACGUCCAUGUACGGUCCCAACCAGUUGCUCGGAUUUGCGGCCAUUGAUUUGGCGCUGCGAAAAAUUGGACUCGAUAGUCUGGUGAUGGUGUGCUCGGUGUCUGUUACAUUUGCGUCCGAUUUCUUGAACCGAGUUCGAAUGAACACUAUCGCAGGAUUUCAAGUGUUCAGUCCGAUUGGCUUCAACAUGUACCCUUGUGGAUGGACCGGGUUGUGUAAGCAGUGCGAAGGUUGCGACGUCGGGCAGAGCAGUGGGUACUUUGAUCGGGCCAAUUACGAUGUCAUUUCUUUCUACAGUCGCGAUUAUGUAGAGGCCAGGAAAGCACUAGAACAACAGCUGCCUAUUGUUCGUAGCGAUCGCGAUAUUAUAAAUUUAGUAAAUUAUACCGAGGAUCAAGGUAUCCGGAACAUUGCCGAUCUGUUUGUUCGUGCUUCUGGAACCAAAAUUCAUAUGCUACGAGGAAUUGAGCCAAAUUUGCGAUUCGGCCGAGUUAUGGAAAACUUUUUGGCCACGGAUAUUGAGGGUGAGCAAUUAAUGUCACUACGUUGCGAAGAGCAUGACCACGAACGUUGUAUUCGCAUCGCUUCCAAAAAACAGAUCGGCGAUGUUUUAGUGCAAUACGGAAACAAUGGAGGUGGAGAGGGUGAGAUAAAAAAGUAACAAAUCUAAAUAUAAUGUACUCCUUUUUUAUACAGGUUAUUCUUUUAAAAUCUUAGGUGUCUAGAUUUAGGAGCAUUUAUAUUAAUCGAAACUGAAUCAGUCUUGCCAAAUACAUUAUAUUCAAUGCGAAUAGAUAGUAAAUCAAGGAACUUGAAAAAAAUAGAUGUUAGAUAGAUUAACAGAUUUUAGAACACAAGUGACAAUAAAGUGCCUUAUUAUUA